GGAAAUCCGACCUCGUGGUUUGUCUUUGGUGUGACGCCGCAGUAAGAACGUCUUCAGUUGCCAAGUGAAUGUUUUUAUUUCCUUAAUGCAGUGCCUUUUGUAGGAAAGAUGUUACUGAGUGUUGCUGCCUCCUUGCCUUUUUAGCAAUAUAGAGCUUUUUCUUCCCCCACCCCCCAGAGUAAGGAGCUUUUCCUGCUGUUGGCUUUUGCUUUCUCAGAACAGAAUAGCCUUGUUCUGUUUUUGUGCAUGCUUGUAGCCUUCCCUGUGGCUGUCAUCCAGGGUCUUUAAGUGUUCUAAGUCAUUCACACUUUCCAAUUAACGCUGUAAUGUUAACUGCUUAUCAUGCAGAUUUAAAAAAAUUGUAGCUCUUUAUUUCUCUGAAAGAUAUUAAGUUGAAAAGUCAGUCAAAACCAGGAAUUUGGGCAUUAAACAUCACAAAACUAUUUAUAGGUCAGCUUUUUGACUUUGGUAUAAGCUCAUACUGCUUCUUUGGUACUGUUCGAAUUACUUGAUUAAAGUUUUAGAAGCUACUCUAGAGCUAAUUGAUGUAGGCUUUUUGUCUAUGAUUGAGGUACUCUAAAAUGAUUCUCUUCUAAGUACAUAUAUGUGACUUUUAAUAUAAACCUUUUUUAGUCAUUCCACAGAUUUUGAAGUACAUAGGAAUUGGCUUGCCAUCACUCACAACUUGCCUCUGUCCCAGUGGUACUAUGAAGAUACUUCAGAGUGGACCUUGGAUUAUCCACCAUUUUUUGCUUGGUUUGAAUAUGCGCUUUCGCACGUUGCCAAGUACUUUGACCCAGAAAUGUUGGUUAUCCAAAAUCUAAAUUAUUCCAGCCAUGCAACUGUCUUUUUCCAAAGAUUUUCUGUCAUCUUUACAGAUACCCUUUUUAUAUAUGCAGUUCGUGAAUGCUGCAGAUGUGUAAAUGGGAAACGAGCUGGAAAGGAUAUUAUGGAAAAACCAACAUUUAUUCUGGCUGCUCUGCUUUUGUGGAAUUUUGGGUUGUUAAUUGUGGAUCAUAUUCACUUCCAAUACAACGGCUUUCUGUUUGGGCUGAUGCUUCUUUCUAUUGCCCGACUAUGUCAGAAAAGAUACUUGGAGGGUGCUGCUCUUUUUGCUGUUCUUCUGCAUUUCAAACAUAUCUAUGUGUAUGUGGCCCCAGCAUAUGGCAUUUAUUUGUUGCGAUCCUAUUGUUUUACUGCAAAUAACGCAGAUGGGUCCCUGAAGUGGAGAAGUUUCAGUUUUCUUCGUGUAACUCUUAUAGGAUUGAUUGUCUGUCUUGUUUCUGCUCUUUCAUUGGGCCCUUUCGUAGUAUUGGGUCAGCUGCCUCAAGUCAUUUCACGGCUUUUUCCUUUCAAGCGAGGCCUCUGCCAUGCUUAUUGGGCCCCUAACUUCUGGGCUUUGUACAAUGUUGUGGAUAAAGCAUUAACGGUUGCUGGUUUAAAGUUUAACUUUCUUGACCCCACAAAAAUUCCUAAAGCCUCAAUGACAGGAGGGUUGGUUCAAGAAUUUCAGCAUACUGUCCUCCCUUCUGUGACUCCACUAACAACGUUAAUCUGUACUUUAGUAUCUAUAUUGCCCUCUGUUUUCUGUCUUUGGUUUAAACCUCAAGGGCCCAGAGGCUUUCUUCAGUGUGUUGUGCUUUGUGCAUUGAGCUCCUUCAUGUUUGGCUGGCACGUGCAUGAAAAAGCAGUACUUCUUGCUAUUCUGCCUUUAAGCUUGUUGUCUGUUCAGAGAGCAAAGGAUGCUAGCAUCUACUUGAUUCUGACAACCACAGGGCAUUUUUCUCUUUUUCCAUUGUUGUUCACAUUGCCAGAACUUCCAAUUAAAAUACUCCUUAUGCUGCUGUUUACUGUUUAUAGCUUCUCUUCACUGAAAUCUCUAUUCAGGAGAGAGAGGCCUCUUCUUAACUGGCUUGAAACUCUCUACCUCGUUCAACUAGUGCCUUUGGAAAUCUUCUGUGAAAUUAUAUUUCCUCUGACCCCUUGGAAACUGACGUUUCCUUUUGUCCCUCUGCUGUUGACCUCCGUUUACUGUGCUCUAGGUAUCGCGUACGCUUGGCUGAAACUGUAUGUCUCUGUCUUGACUGAACCAACUUCAGUUAGACAAAAGGCAGAGUAAAGCGGCAUUAUUGGGACCAGCUCCAGGUUAUUCCAUUGAAAGGAUCAUUCAGCACUGUGAGGACUUGUCAUAAGAAUAUACACCUGUUGAUAAGGCAGGGGGUACGUGUACCUUUCCUCUCCGUGGAAGAGAGGAGUGGAGGGUUUUUUCCCCCAACGCCCCUGUACUGUCCAACUAGAAUACCUCUUAUCAGAAGAGCUCAUGACAAUAACAUGUGCCACUUGCCAUGAAUAAACUGUGAAGCUUAAUGAAAAAGACUUUGUAUUCAUAUUGGCUGUUUUAAAAGUCCAGACUUCUGUCCUGAAGAAAACCUCCCUGGCUUUCUCAUUAAUGUUGUAUUUCAGUGAAAACCAAUAUGGCAGAUGACAAGGAAUUAUUGCUGUGUAGAAGAGAGCAUAGUAACUACAUAUUGUGGAAUAUGUAAA